AUGGGCAAGGAGAAGACACACAUCAACAUUGUGGUCAUUGGCCACGUGGAUUCGGGCAAGUCCACCACGACGGGCCAUCUCAUCUACAAAUGCGGGGGCAUCGACAAGCGGACCAUUGAGAAGUUUGAGAAGGAGGCAGCAGAGAUGGGGAAGGGCUCCUUUAAAUAUGCCUGGGUGCUGGACAAGCUGAAGGCAGAGCGGGAGCGUGGCAUCACCAUCGACAUCUCCCUUUGGAAGUUUGAGACCACCAAGUACUACAUAACCAUCAUCGAUGCUCCAGGCCACCGGGACUUCAUCAAGAACAUGAUCACUGGCACUUCCCAGGCGGACUGUGCAGUGCUGAUCGUGGCAGCAGGUGUGGGUGAGUUUGAGGCCGGUAUCUCCAAGAAUGGGCAAACCCGGGAACACGCGCUCCUGGCCUACACUCUGGGUGUAAAGCAGCUCAUUGUGGGUGUCAACAAGAUGGACUCCACGGAACCAGCCUACAGCGAGAAGCGCUACGAUGAGAUUGUCAAGGAGGUCAGCGCCUACAUCAAGAAGAUCGGCUACAACCCAGCCACAGUGCCCUUCGUGCCCAUCUCAGGCUGGCACGGUGACAACAUGCUGGAGCCUUCACCCAAUAUGCCAUGGUUCAAGGGCUGGAAGGUAGAGCGCAAGGAAGGAAACGCAAGUGGUGUGUCCCUGCUGGAAGCCCUGGACACAAUCCUGCCCCCAACUCGCCCCACUGACAAGCCCCUUCGCCUGCCGCUGCAGGAUGUGUACAAGAUUGGUGGCAUUGGGACAGUGCCUGUGGGCCGAGUGGAGACUGGUAUUCUUCGGCCCGGCAUGGUGGUGACCUUUGCACCCGUAAACAUCACCACAGAGGUGAAGUCUGUGGAAAUGCACCACGAGGCACUCAGCGAGGCCCUGCCGGGUGACAAUGUCGGCUUCAACGUGAAAAAUGUGUCUGUCAAGGACAUCCGCCGGGGCAAUGUCUGCGGGGACAGCAAGUCUGAUCCGCCUCAGGAGGCUGCCCAGUUCACCUCCCAGGUCAUCAUCCUGAACCACCCCGGGCAAAUCAGCGCUGGCUACUCGCCAGUGAUCGACUGCCACACAGCCCACAUUGCCUGCAAGUUUGCCGAGCUGAAGGAGAAAAUUGACCGGCGUUCUGGCAAGAAGCUGGAGGACAAUCCCAAGUCCCUGAAGUCUGGUGAUGCGGCCAUUGUUGAGAUGGUCCCCGGAAAACCCAUGUGUGUGGAGAGCUUCUCACAGUACCCACCCCUCGGCCGCUUCGCCGUGCGUGACAUGAGGCAGACUGUGGCCGUGGGCGUCAUCAAGAACGUGGAGAAGAAGAGCGGCGGCGCCGGCAAGGUCACCAAGUCCGCACAGAAGGCGCAGAAAGCGGGCAAGUGA